GCCUAACCUCUGCCCUUAAGCAGGAAUCCUGGAGUCUGAAUUCUGAAUCUAAAGAUUCUAGCGCUGCCUUGUGUGAUGGUGCAACCCAAAUCUAAGUACUGGGAGGAUGAAGCAGAGGGACUCGAAGUUUCAGGCCCAGGGCUUCACAGUGACCGUCUCUAUUCCUGAACAAAUUAUUAAUUCUAAUAUUAGUAGUAACAACAACUACAGUCUUGGAGAUUAAGAGGGUAGACUUCUGGCUUUGUCUGUGAUCUCUAGUCCCAGUUCAGUGAGAAGACCCAGGCCUCACUGCCACACACCCACAGGGAUCCAAACCGAGACUACUGUCUCUACAAUCCUAUCCCUGACAAUCACUUUAUUGCUCAACAUUCUAACCUGGGAAUCCACAUCCGUAAUCCUAUCCUCCUUGUAAGACCAAAAUGUCAGGCCCUGGCUCUUUCAGAAACAGUCAGCAUGACCUGUAUCCUCCCAGAUCUUAGGGCACAAGAAGCCACUCCAACAGUGGGCACGAGGGCAGAAGUCUGAUACGAUUGCUAUAAACCUAGGUCCCAGGCCCUGCUCCAGAAUUCUUCCCUCUACACAUUCAUACUCUCCUGUCUCUUCCCCUCCUCCCCCUCCCUCCCCCACCUCCAGCUUCCAUUUACAGUGACCCAGGAAACCUGAAGCACACUCCUCCCAUGUUACAGAUACUAAGGACUGUCCUACCAGGGGCAAGAUGGACAGCACUCAGAGACCUCAAAGGCAGGGCUGUGGUAUAGGCUGUUUUCCUCCAAGGAACUGAGUACUCAUGGCUGUGAGAGCCCAGUCCUUCACCGAUCAAGUGAUCCCUCAGUGAAGAACUCACGCAAGAUUUGGUCUGACAGAAAAGGACUAAGGGGAGCCUGUGGUCUGAGAAAGGAAGGCUGGGACCUAAGAUUCUGGCUCUGAGAGAACAGGGCCGGCAUUGGUCCCUAGAUCUGAGACAGGAGAUCCAAAGCUUGGAGUCCAGGGAGAAUCUGAACCCCUGGUUUGGAGGAAGAAUGGCUGGGAUCUAAACCCUAGGUUACAAAAAAUAAUAGUGCCAGAGUCUGGGUACCUAGGCCUGAGAGAGAAGGGCUGAGUGUGGACAUCUGGGUCUGGGGGAGGAGGGAACUUGGAUCCAGCCCUAUCAGCCUAGGGGGAAGAACUAGGGUCUAGCCCCUUGGGUAUGAAGGAGGUGGACUGGCAUCUGGAUAUCUGGGUCCAAGGGAUAAGGGACUUGAAGUCUAGACUCCUGGCUCCAAGAUAGACAGUCAGCUUGCAUCCUGCCUCUGGGACCAUAAAACUCACAGGAUGGGUCUCAGUAUGGCGGAUGUUGAAGUGCAGAAGAGGGAAGGGGCAAGUGGCAGUGACUCCAGCCCUCUCUCUAGGUCUCAAACUGUCUGUACCAGACAGUGUCCUUCCUUGUCCAUCCACCUCUGCUUCCUCCCAUUUCAUCGCAGCCCCUCGGUCCCAUGUCCCAUGAGAAAAACAGAGGUUUCAAAAAGGGGUAAGGGCUGGCCCCCUCCCUCAGACCUAAUGGGAGGAGGGGUCCCUAGGGAAGCCAAGAGGGGGGUGGCUGUGGGUCUCCUGGCAGGGAGGGACGGGGACUGAAUGUUAAUCGCAUCCUGAGUGAGUGUGCGAGAACAGCGAGUGUGCGAGUCCCUCCCGCUCUGGCUCCUGCAAGCCGCGGCCGCUGCCGUUGCCACCAGCCACCCUCCGCCUGCGCCCGCAGCCUCCUCGGCCAGCAGCGCCCUGUUGAGGGGUAUCAGCCUGGGUGGGUCCGCCUGGCCCCCAGGGGUCUCUCGCGCUACAGCCAUUUGCUAGGUGAGGAUGUGUGUCUUGGAGUGAGGCUGGCUGGUGGGGGGGGUGUGUCUGUAAGGGCUGCAGCGGCGGUAGCUGAGGGAGGAGGGGUCUGUCUGUCUGGACCGACCCUGAGCCUCCUACCUGCAUCUCGAGGGGCCCCCAAUCGGUUCCUUGAGCUCCCAAACCUGAAUGGAUGGUGUGCACCUGGGUUCUGUGCCUCCUGCCUGCAUCCAGCCGAGUGUCUGUGUGUCCCCGGAUGCCUGUGUCCUCCUGUCUGUCCAAACAGCCACUGAGAGCAGCGACAACACGCCCAUGUUGGGGCCCUGCGCAAGCGUGUGUGUGUGUGUGUGUGUGUGUGUCUCCCUCAUCAAGCUCCGGGGGUGUUGAGGGGGAAUCCCGGGGAAGUGAGAUUGUAUGUGUGAGCAUCUGCAUGUGUGUUUCUGCCUGUGCUUGAGAGUGGGGGAACUAACGGGGGGGGGGGGUCUGGAGGUGGCCAAGCAAGGAAUGGACAAGCAGUUCCCCUGACAGGCAGCCUCACACUCCUUAUAAAACAUACACACGAGCCAUUGGCUUCAGAGGUGACCCAGACAGACAGACAGAGACAAGGGAGGGGGUGCUGUGAGCACAAAGGGGGUGCCAAUAAGCUAGGGAGAAGUAAUGGGACAUGCCAGCCAGGGGAGGAGCCCAGACUGAAGCCGGCAGAGGGGGGCACCCCAGGUGGGUGGAGGGGGAUCCCCAUGGGGUCAGGCCGCAAGAGGACACCCCGACAGCCUCCGCAAUGUCCGGGGCCCAACUUCCAGCGCAACAUGUGUAGCCUCAUCCUUGCCUAGUCUGGUGGCCGCAACCUUGGGGGACAGGGCAGGGCAGGAUCAAGAAGAGGAGGGACAGAGCCGGGACAGGCAAAAGGUCCCCGCCACUGCUGCCUGCACUGCUGCUGCUGCUGCUGCUGCCUCCGCUGCCGCCCUGGGCCUGGCCCCCAACCAGCUCCCCAACACUCUACGGAAUCUUUGGGUCUCUGGACGCUGGUUCCGGUCCUGGCCCCCCAGCAAUUUCCUCCAAAGAACAGGGUCAUGAAAAGGUAAGGCUGGGCAGGGGAUGCAGGGGUGGGGGUGGGGACAUGGCCCCCUCCAAUCUAGGGCAGGGAAAGUUGGCCAGGGACCUCAAGGAGGGAAGGGGUUUGAAUGCAAGCAAACCAAAUGUCUCUGCCCCCUUGUCCCUCAGGGGCUGUCUUCCAUCUGCUUGUGCUUGCUCUCUCUUUCUCACUGCCCCUUUCCUGGAUUUCUACACCUCAAAACCACCCAAGCCUUCUAUUCCUCCCACAGGCGUUACCCUGUCCCCGGCUUCCCAUAGCUGAAUCCCACCUCUGUCAGUCUCUCCACCUCACCUUCUCUAUACCCCUCCCUGCAUCAGUCUCCCCAUGCCUGGCUAUCCCUCUCUCCUCUCGCUUUCCCCUCCCACCUCGGAGCUAUGAGUCUGCUAUUAAUACCCCUGCCAAGGACCUUGAGGGCGUCCAGUGACCGGCACCCAGCCCCAAGCAGCCACCCCUUCCUCAAGGUUCUGGAAUGCCCUUCCAGAAUUGGGAUGGGGACGUGUGUGUGUGUGUGUGUGUGUGUGUGUGUGUGUGUGUGUGAGAGAGAGAGAGAGAGAGAGAGAGAGAGAGAGAGAGAGAGAGAGAAGUGGAGGGACAGGAAGCUCUCUGCAGCACAAUAAGGAGAAGCUGUUGAUCAAAGCUUCUCCCCAUUCCCAUGAUGGAUUAGGGGGCAAUGGAGACACUGAGACCCUCUUCCUCCUUAUACCAUGGAUAAGAUAUGAGGGGAACAACUGGGAAGGCCAGAGCUAGUGAGCUGCAAGGGUGUUGGGACUGAUGGGGUCUGAGGCAAAGGGGGGGCUCCUUAAAGGAGAACAAGACAGGAACUAAGACUCUCAGGUGUUGGGACGGGAUGAUGCCAGGAUGCCUGGGCCCUAAGAAAGAUGAGUGGGCUGCAGUGCUGAGUGAUUUGGGGUACCUGUCCGUCAAGUUCAGUCAGGAAUUUAGGAAGGGCAAGCACUCCUUACAGAGCAGGCUGGGGGCUGGGGUGGGGGUUUCUUAGGCCCCUCUAGGAUGGAAAUAAAAGGCUAAACUCACAAGGUGGAGGUUGGUAUGGACUUUGCCAACCCUGAUGUGAGCUCUGAGGACUUUGCUUUCAGAGAACUGAUAAUAGGGUAUGAGGGCUGGGUAGAAAGGUUGCCCUCAAGAGCCCUUUAUGUGAAAACACUGCCUCCCAACAGGGGUGGGGCUGAGGCUGCCCUCCUAGGCCUCACAGUGACAAGGACCUUGGACCCCCCAAAAAGCAGAGGCCAGGGUCUGAGAAGUGGAGGAGGGGGCUGAUGGCUGAGCAGCCACUAGGAAGGGAGAGAACCAGUAUUAACCCCGCGGGGGCCAGGCCACAGCUGUGUGUUAUUUUGGGGAGAAAGGGGGGCUAUUCUGAGCAGGGACUGAGCCAGCUGCUUGGGAAGGGAAGGCAAUGGGGAGGAGGACAGGGGGAGGUAUGGCCUGCAGGAGGGGGCACUCCUUCCCCUGGGGAGACAGGAGUCCAGGACCUCCAGAAAGGUGGGGUGCUGAUUUGGAAGAUGAGGUCUCCAGCCAGGGCAGGGGUUGUGGGCCUUUGCCCCAACCCUUGCUGUCUAGAGUGGACUGGCCUGUGCUACCAUGGCAACCAGACAGGAGACUGACAGCCAAGAAAGAACCCUUCUGUAUCUGGACCCUGGCCCAUUCAGGAAGCCCCCAGUGCAGGCCCUCGGAGCUUUAUGGAGCAGAGAUCAGGUCCCCAGAGCCCUCCUCAGGUCUCAUACCCAGGAGCCUGGGAUACUAGCCCACCCACUCCAGGCAACUAGUAUUCAACAGGGGCCACCAGAGGCAACACUCUUCUUCCUUUAAUUUACUAAAUUGCUCUGGGCUGGAAGCCAGGGACCCCCCCCAGCUCUCCACAGCUGUGCCCCCAACCCCAAGACUGGCCUGUGACUCAGUUUCAUCAAGAAUGAAAAUGAGGGGGCAGGGACAGGAGGAGGGGGCUAAUGGCUUGGGGCGGUGGGUAUUUUCUCUCCUUGGAUACCCAACUAAUUUCUCCCCUCUCUCUCCCCCCCCACACCUGGCCCCCUUUCCCUCUCCGGUGCCCCCUUUCUUUCGCCCUUUUAUUCUCAUUCCCUCACCACCUGGCUCUGCCUGGCUUUCAUGUAUGCUGGGCACCUCCCGGGUGGGGGUCCGGGCUUUGCCUUGCCUCGCUAUUUCUGUCUUCUCUGUCUUCCAUUUGCUCUGCUUGCCUUUCUCCCUCUCCACUCCUUCUUCCUGAGGUUGGUGUGUGCCUGACUCUGGGUGUCUGUGGGUCCCUGACUUGCCUUCCAUACCCCCCAACUUUCUCAUCUCUCCGCCUCCCUGUAUUUCCCUCCGCAUCUCUCCUCGCCUCACUACCAUCCUCUGCCGUGCUCCCUCUCCUGGGUCUGUGUCCCUGUGAGCCUUGCCUUCCCAUCUCUCUUCACUCUUUCCCCUCUCCUUGACCAUCCUUCGCUGUCCCCCUCUCCUUUGCUCUCACUCUGGUUCUGUUCCUGGGUUUUUGUCCCAUCUCUGGGUCUCUUUCCAAUCUGUACGAUCACUGUCCAUUCCAUCCCCGCGUUCUCCCCCCACCCCUUACCUCUGUAUCUUCCCUGACCCCAUUACUCACCCCCUCCCGCCUUUGUGCCUCCUGGUUCCCACAUUCCAUCCCUCCAUCUCACCCCCCCCCCACCCUUCCCUCUAUUUGGGUUCCAUCUUUCCCUUCCACUCCCUCCACUGCCUUUCCCGCUGUCUCUUCUUGUCUCUGGUCUGUGUCUCUCUCUUGCCUCUUUCCUUCUAUCUCUCCAUUUCUUCCUGUCUCUCGCUCUUCAUUUGUUUCUCUCUAUGCUUCUGCCGCCGCUCCUUCUCUCACCCAACUUUCCCCUCUCAUCCUGACUCUGCGUCUCCCUCACUAUCUGGGUCUCACUGUCUCUGUCACCUUCCCAUCUCUGUUUCUGGAGCUCUGUCUCCUCCCUCUGUCUCGCUCUCCCUUAUCUCUGUCCCUUAUCUCCGUUUCCCUCCGUGUCGGCCCCUCCCUCUCUCCAUCACCCAACCUUCCCUUCUCGCCCCGUCUCUCCUGUGCCUCCCCUCGGGCUCUGCCCUCGCCUCCCGUCCACGCAAGAGGCCGCCCGGCGGGGCCCGCAGGCGAUGCGCGGCGCCGGUGGCCCCCGCGGCCCUCGGGGCCCCGCUAAGAUGCUGCUGCUGCUGGCGCUGGCGUGCGCCAGCCCGUUCCCGGAGGAGGUGCCGGGGCCGGGCGCGGUCGGCGGGGGCACGGGCGGGGCGCGGCCACUCAACGUGGCGCUUGUCUUCUCCGGCCCGGCAUAUGCGGCAGAGGCGGCGCGCUUGGGCCCGGCCGUGGCAGCGGCAGUGCGCAGCCCCGGCCUGGACGUACGGCCCGUGGCGCUGGUGCUCAACGGCUCCGACCCUCGCAGCCUUGUGCUGCAGCUCUGCGACCUGCUGUCGGGGCUGCGCGUGCACGGCGUGGUGUUCGAGGACGACUCGCGCGCGCCCGCCGUCGCGCCCAUUCUCGACUUCCUGUCCGCGCAGACCUCGCUGCCCAUCGUAGCCGUGCACGGCGGCGCCGCGCUCGUGCUCACACCCAAGGAGAAGGGCUCCACCUUCCUGCAGCUUGGCUCCUCCACAGAGCAACAGUUGCAGGUCAUUUUUGAGGUGCUGGAGGAGUACGACUGGACAUCCUUUGUGGCAGUGACCACGCGUGCCCCAGGCCAUCGGGCCUUCUUGUCAUACAUCGAGGUGCUGACUGAUGGCAGCCUGGUGGGCUGGGAGCAUCGAGGAGCGCUGACACUGGACCCCGGGGCGGGUGAGGCUGUACUGGGCGCACAGCUCCGUAGUGUCAGUGCGCAGAUCCGCCUGCUCUUCUGCGCCCGCGAGGAGGCAGAGCCUGUUUUCCGGGCAGCGGAAGAGGCCGGCCUCACUGGGCCUGGCUACGUCUGGUUCAUGGUGGGACCCCAGCUGGCUGGAGGCGGGGGCUCCGGGGUCCCUGGGGAGCCCCUUCUUCUGCCAGGAGGUUCCCCACUGCCUGCCGGGCUGUUUGCAGUGCGCUCUGCUGGCUGGCGUGACGACUUGGCACGUCGAGUGGCUGCUGGUGUGGCGGUGGUGGCCAGAGGUGCCCAGGCCCUGCUGCGAGACUAUGGCUUCCUGCCUGAGCUGGGUCAUGACUGCCGCACCCAGAAUCGCACCCACCGCGGGGAGAGUCUGCACAGGUACUUCAUGAACAUCACCUGGGAUAACCGAGACUACUCCUUCAAUGAGGAUGGCUUUCUGGUGAACCCUUCACUGGUGGUCAUCUCCCUCACCAGAGACAGGACAUGGGAAGUGGUGGGCAGCUGGGAACAGCAGACCCUCCGCCUCAAGUACCCUCUAUGGUCCCGCUAUGGCCGCUUCCUGCAGCCAGUGGAUGACACACAGCACCUCACUGUGGCCACGCUGGAGGAGAGACCCUUUGUCAUUGUAGAGCCUGCAGACCCCAUCAGCGGCACUUGCAUCAGAGACUCGGUCCCCUGCCGGAGCCAGCUCAACCGUACCCACAGCCCUCCGCCUGACGCUCCCCGCCCGGAGAAGAGAUGCUGCAAGGGUUUCUGCAUUGAUAUUCUGAAGAGGCUGGCGCACACCAUCGGUUUCAGCUAUGACCUCUACCUGGUUACCAACGGCAAGCAUGGCAAGAAGAUCGAUGGCGUCUGGAAUGGCAUGAUUGGUGAGGUGUUCUAUCAGCGUGCGGACAUGGCCAUCGGCUCUCUCACCAUCAAUGAGGAGCGGUCAGAGAUCGUGGACUUCUCCGUCCCCUUUGUAGAGACAGGCAUCAGCGUCAUGGUGGCACGCAGCAAUGGCACUGUGUCCCCCUCUGCCUUCCUCGAGCCCUACAGCCCUGCUGUCUGGGUGAUGAUGUUCGUCAUGUGCCUCACCGUGGUCGCCGUCACAGUUUUCAUCUUUGAGUACCUCAGUCCUGUGGGCUAUAACCGAAGCCUGGCCACGGGCAAACGCCCUGGUGGCUCUACCUUCACCAUUGGGAAAUCCAUCUGGCUGCUGUGGGCCCUGGUCUUCAACAACUCCGUGCCAGUGGAGAAUCCUCGGGGCACCACCAGCAAGAUCAUGGUGCUGGUGUGGGCCUUCUUCGCGGUCAUCUUUCUUGCCAGCUACACAGCCAAUCUGGCCGCCUUCAUGAUCCAGGAGGAGUACGUGGACACCGUGUCUGGGCUCAGCGACCGGAAGUUCCAGCGACCCCAGGAGCAAUACCCACCUCUGAAGUUUGGCACGGUGCCCAAUGGGUCCACGGAAAAGAACAUCCGGAGCAACUACCCUGACAUGCACAGCUACAUGGUGCGAUACAACCAGCCGAGAGUGGAGGAGGCACUCACACAGCUCAAGGCAGGGAAACUGGACGCCUUCAUCUAUGACGCAGCAGUGCUCAACUACAUGGCCCGCAAGGAUGAGGGCUGCAAGCUGGUCACCAUCGGCUCCGGCAAGGUCUUCGCCACCACUGGUUAUGGCAUCGCCCUACACAAGGGCUCCCGCUGGAAGAGGCCCAUCGACCUGGCGCUGCUGCAGUUCCUGGGGGACGAUGAGAUUGAGAUGCUGGAGCGGCUGUGGCUUUCAGGGAUCUGCCACAAUGACAAAAUCGAAGUGAUGAGUAGCAAGCUGGAUAUCGACAACAUGGCAGGUGUCUUCUACAUGCUCCUUGUGGCCAUGGGCCUCUCCUUGCUGGUCUUCGCCUGGGAACAUCUGGUGUACUGGCGCCUGCGGCAUUGCCUGGGUCCCACCCACCGCAUGGAUUUCCUACUGGCCUUCUCCAGGGGUAUGUACAGCUGCUGCAGCGCCGAGGCUGCUCCACCGCCGGCCAAGCCUCCGCCACCGCCUCAGCCGCUGCCCAGUCCCGCAUAUCCCGCCGCUCGCCCGCCCCCUGGCCCCGCACCCUUCGUGCCCCGAGAGCGCGCAGCUGCCGACCGCUGGCGCCGAGCCAAGGGCACAGGGCCCCCGGGGGGCGCAGCGAUAGCCGACGGCUUCCACCGAUACUACGGCCCCAUCGAGCCACAGGGGCUGGGCCUCGGCGAGGCACGCGCGGCACCGAGAGGCGCAGCCGGACGCCCACUGUCCCCACCCACCACACAGCCCCCGCAGAAGCCACCACCUUCCUACUUCGCCAUCGUGCGCGAGCAGGAGCCGACCGAGCCCCCGGCCGGCGCCUUCCCCGGCUUCCCAUCUCCGCCUGCGCCGCCCGCUGCGGCUGCCGCUGCCGUCGGGCCGCCACUGUGUCGCCUGGCUUUCGAGGACGAAAGCCCGCCCGCACCCUCGCGCUGGCCGCGUUCAGAUCCCGAGAGCCAGCCUCUGUUGGGUGGGGGCGCGGGCGGCCCGAGCGCGGGGGCCCCAACCGCACCACCGCCGCGCCGUGCCGCGCCACCACCGUGCGCCUACCUGGACCUCGAGCCUUCGCCUUCGGACUCCGAGGACUCGGAGAGCCUGGGCGGAGCAUCGCUCGGUGGCCUGGAGCCCUGGUGGUUCGCCGACUUCCCCUACCCGUAUGCCGAGCGCCUCGGGCCGCCGCCCGGCCGCUACUGGUCGGUCGACAAGCUCGGGGGCUGGCGCGCUGGUAGCUGGGACUACCUGCCCCCGCGCGGAGGCCCCGCGUGGCACUGCCGCCACUGCGCCAGCCUGGAGCUGCUACCGCCACCGCGCCACCUCAGCUGCUCGCACGACGGCUUAGACGGCGGCUGGUGGGCGCCUCCGCCUCCACCCUGGGCCGCGGGGCCACCUCCCCGGCGCCGGGCGCGCUGUGGUUGUCCGCGACCUCACCCACACCGCCCCCGGGCCUCGCACCGUGCGCCCGCCGCCGCGCCGCACCACCACCGACACAGGCGCGCGGCCGGUGGCUGGGACUUCCCGCCGCCCGCGCCCACCUCGCGUUCGCUGGAGGACCUGAGCUCCCGCCCCUGCCCACCGCAUCGCACCGGAGACACCGGGGCGGGGACCUGGGCACACGCAGGGGCUCUGCGCAUUUCUCCAGCCUGGAGUCCGAGGUAUGACGCGGCUCCGGCCCCCACCCCCACCCCCGCCGCCCCCUCGGUCAGCGCAGGCCACGGCCCGAGGGGGCGCGCUAAGUGGACAGGACCCUCAUGGGUUGGGAAGGACAGAAACGGACCUGGCCGGACCCCGCCUGGAGCAGCGUCCUGCGCCCCCACCCCCUUCGCCUUGGGGGAACUAUGAGCCAGAGGGGACUUGGUCGCCCAAAUCUCACCCAUCCUGAGAGCAAGGGGGCGGGGUUCUUGGAGCCCACCGACUCUUUUUUUUUUAAACCCGAAAAGGGCUUUUUAACGUCACCUGAUUGGCGGGAGGUGUGGGGGAGUCACGCCGCGCCCCACCCCUACGCUCCGGGCCAUGGCCCUCACAUCACUGUGCAGCUCCCUAGCCCCAGACACACCUCUCGGGGAGCCUGUUUUUAACCUUUCAUUCAUCAGGACUCAAAACUGUGAGACGCGUAUGCCAAACUGUGACUCCAGACCUUGGCCCCGCCACACAGAAACCCCUGACCCCAGACUGUGACUUCCAACACCUAAAAUGAUCAUCUGACCCCAGACUGUGCCCCGACCAGACUGUGACCCUUCAUGUCAGACCUCGAUGACCCCUUCUUUUAGAUCCUUGUUGGCUCUGACCUAUGACCUCUCCUCCACGAAAGUCCUACCCUCACCUGUCUCCCCCACUUACCUACCACCCCAGAUGCCAUCAAUCACAUCUUCAAGUCCAGCCCUUAUUUGUGACCCUUCAGUGAUGAUCCAGCAGACACUCCACCCCCAGGUCUCCUUUCCCAGAUUUCAGCAGGGUCUGAGGCUGGGCUCAAAGGAGGGUCUGGGAGCCCACACUUGACCUUUCCUUCCCUCUCCCACUCCUACACUGCAGUGUUUGGAAUAAAACCAUGUUUUUACACCUCCUCA